AUUUCUGUUUGCCUUCUCCACAAGAACAACACGCGGGGCAUCGGUCCUGCGAGUGACGGAUUGCUGUCUGUCUGUCUGUCACCACCCUGGGAUAUUACUCGUGUUUCUUGAUGUGUCUUGAUGUGUUGUGGUCUUCAUACAUAAGAACAUGAAGAGGGCUUCUCUACCGUACCGUGUCUCCGUGUCUUCCACAAUGGAGGAGGACGAGGAGGCGAAUCCCAUCACGUUCAGCUGGCGCGGCGUGAACGUCUUUGCGCGGCCUGUGGGUGUCGCGGGGAAGAGGUACUUUUGGCAGAAGCGUGACGAGACCACGACGCCCUCCACGGAGAUGCACAUCCUGAAAAACGUGACGGGUGUGUGCCGUCCUGGGGAGCUGCUGGCCAUCAUGGGGGCGUCAGGGGCGGGCAAGACCACUCUUCUUAACGUUCUCACGCACCGUAACAACGAAAAGUUACGCAUCACCGGCGACCUCUUCGUGAACGGCCGCCGGAUGGACCCUGACACCCUGACUAGCCGCUCUGCCUACGUGCAGCAGGACGACCUCUUCAUCGGCCACAUCACCGUCAGGGAGCAACUUACCUUCCAGGCUGCGCUGCGCAUGGACCGCCACUUGAGCCACGAGCAGCGGCUGGUGCGCAUCAACCAGGUCAUUUCAGAUCUUGGCCUCAGCCGCUGCGAGCACACACGCAUCGGGACCCCAGGCGAGGACCGCAGAAUGUCGGGCGGCGAGAUCAAGCGGCUGAGUUUUGCGUGCGAGGUGCUGACCAAUCCGUCUCUUCUGUUCUGUGACGAGCCCACCUCCGGCCUGGACUCCUUCAUGGCUCAGAACGUGGUGAGCAUGAUGAAGGGCAUGGCGGAGCGGGGCAAAACAGUGCUGUCCACCAUCCACCAGCCCAGCUCGGAGGUGUUCGCCAUGUUCGACCGCGUCCUGUUCCUUGCUGAGGGCAGAGUGGCCUUCCUCGGCAGCUGUGACGAGGCGCUGCGCUUCUUCGGCAAGCUUGGAAUGAACUGCCCGGCCCAGUACAACCCCGCCGACUACUUCAUCUGCCAGCUCUCGAUAGAACCCGGCCGCCAGGAGACGUGCAGGUACCGCAUCCACUCCGUGUGUGACACCUUUGAGCUGAACGACCUGGGCAAGGCGGUGUUAGAGGACGUCAACGCCAACCAGAGACUACAGAACCACGAGGAUGAAGUGUACGGCCACCAGAGGGAGGACAAGUCGCCUUACAAAAGCCCGUGGUGGAAGCAGUUUCAUUGGGUGCUGUGGCGGUCGUGGCUUCAGACCAUCAGGGAGCCGCGUCUUAUCGGGGUUCGCUUCCUGCAGGGCCUGGCCAUGUCGGUAAUACUCGGGCUCAUGUACAACAGAAAGGGAUCUUACGUGGACGUGAUGAGUAUUAAUGGGUCUCUCUUUGUUCUUGUGGGCAAUAUGACCUUCCAGAACAUGUCUUUGGUUAUUCAUACCUUUUGCACUAACAAGGAACUCUUUCUACGGGAGAACCACAACGGCAUGUAUCGCCCAGACGUGUAUUUCCUGUCCAAGAACAUUGUGGAGGCGCCAGUCUUCACCCUGUACGCCAUCAUGUACACCUCCAUAUUCUACUUCCUCGCCGGCUUCCCCCACGACAGGGACCACUACCUCGUUUGCGUAGGCACGUCCAUUCUCCUCGCCUGGUGCUCCGUGUCCUUCGGUUACUUCCUCUCCUGCUUGGCGCCAAAUCUCAGCGUCGCGGUGCUCGUGAUGGCGCCCUUCCUCCUCCUCAUGAGGUUGCUCAGCGGCUUCUUCAUCAACCUCAGGUCCAUUCCGCUCUUCAUGAAGAUCAUCAGCUACUUGUCGUGGUUCACUUACGGCAACGAGGUGCUGCUCAUCAACCAGUGGGCGGGCGUCACCAACAUCACCUGCUCCCCGACAGCCACCAGGUGUUACCCUAACGGCGCCGCCAUCCUGGAACAACUCGGCUUUUCAGAGGACGACUUUGUCGUUGACCUGGCCUCCCUCGGCUGCCUCAUCGUGGGCUACAGGGUUGUCGCCUACACCAUCUUCCACCUGCGGACCAUGAGAUCUAAGCCCCGCGGAUGGAAGUUGGUGUACUAUAAGGAAGAAGGCACCACCCCCACCCCCACCACCCCCAGUUUCCUGUCAACCCUCGCAAGGUCGUAUGCUAGAUACUCUCGUCUGCGUGCCGCGGAUACUCUUACCAGAACGACCUCUUACUCUCAGCAACACAGACAAGACCAUAACACUACCACAAGUUUCCCUCAGUACCGCGUGAGGGGAACCAAAGAGAUGAGUGAUGGGGGAAGUGUUGACUGGAACCGGCCUCGCCGCCGGUCCCUCCCCACUGAGGAAUUUGGAAUGGCCGGAAAUCCUAAUCCUAUGGGCGUUCCCUUCUUCAGGAAAAUGCCCACGCUGGGGACGGAUCAGCAAGAGGAGACAGCGUCACUCCUGGGCUCCGAGCACGUCAUCACCCAGUCCUCCAGCUCAGACACCUUCUCCUCCAAGCCGGAGGACUACACCGCCUCAGGGAAGCACUAUGGGUACGGCACGUGGGGGCACAAGCAGGAGGGCAUCACGCUCACCUGGCAGGAACUGAGUGUGUACGUGCCGCAGAAGAAGGGAUGGUUCCAGACUGACUACAGCCAGCACCGCCCCUUCAAGAGAGUGCUGAGCAAUGUUUCGGGUGCAGUUCGACCUGGCAGUCUCGUGGCGUUAAUGGGAGCAAGUGGGGCGGGGAAGUCCACUCUGAUGAACGCCCUAGCGCACAGAACUCCGGGCGGCGUGGUGGUGGAUGGGGAGAUUCUGGUCAACGGGCAUCGGGUCAACAGCGCCAUGACCUCGCUGGCUGGCUACGUGCACCAGGAUGACCUCUUCGUGGGCUCCCUCACCGUCAAGGAACACCUGACCUUCAUGACGCGCUUGAGGAUGGACAGCACCAGCUCCCACAAGCAGAGACAAGCACGGGUGAUGGAACUCCUGAAGGACCUUGGGCUGCUGAAGGUGCAGAACACUCGCAUCGGCAUUCCUGGCAGCGACAAGUCCCUUUCCGGGGGCGAGAGGAAGCGACUCGCCUUUGCCACAGAGAUCCUGACCGACCCUCCACUUCUGUUCUGCGACGAGCCCACCACCGGCCUGGAUUCCUACAACGCCAGGAAAAUGGUGAAGAUCAUGAAGGACAUGGCCUCGCGUGGCAAGACCAUUCUGUGCACCAUUCACCAGCCUUCGUCAGAGGUCUUUAUGAUGUUUGACAAGCUGCUUCUGUUAGCCGAGGGACGCGUGGCUUACAUGGGCUCCUCUGUAGGCGCCCUUGAGUUUUUGGAAAGUCUGGGCCACAAAUGUCCCGCAACCUUCAACCCAGCCGACUACUACAUCCACACCCUGGCGGUCUUCCCGGGACACGAGGCUCGCUCCAGGGAACGCAUCAGGAGGAUAUGUGACAAUUUUGCCGUGUCCGCUUACUGCAAGGACAUCGACAUCACCAUUCAGUACCAGGACAACAUCAAGAUUGCCAAUAUGGAAUGUGGAAGCACCUAUAAAGACGAACCGUUCUUCAGUAAAAUACCAAAGAAGCCAGGGUGGUUGGUGCAGUGGUGGUGGCUGACAUGGCGCUCACUGGUCGACUCCUACAGGAACCCUGCCAUUCACUCCAUCAGGAUCAUGCAGAAAAUUCUGAUCGCGCUCCUCAUCGGCAUCUGCUACACCAACGUGCAGGUGAACCAGGCAGGGAUUCAAGACAUUGAGGGUGUGCUGUUCAUCUUCAUCACAGAGAACACCUUCCCUUCGCUCUACGGGGUGCUCAACAUCUUCCCGCAGGAGAUGCCGCUGUUCCUCCGGGAGUACAAGAACGGGAUAUACCGCUCCGACACCUACUACCUGUCUAAGAUGAUCUCUCUGAUCCCUGGCUUCAUCGUGGACCCUCUGGUGUUCUGCCUCAUCUGCUACUGGAUGGUGGGCCUCCAACGGCACUUCUACCACUUCGCCAUGACGGUUCUCAUCACCAUCUUCACCGCCAACACAGCGUCUGCGUGCGGAUCCAUGUUCUCGGCGAUGUUCGAGAGCAUUCCUUACAUCAUGCUCUUCCUCAUUCCCUUCGACGUGGUGCUCCUCAUCUCCGGCGGACUCUUCAUCAACCUCACGACCAUGCCGUGGUUCAUCGGGUGGGUGAAGUACCUGUCGUGGUUCAUGUACAGCAACGAGGCGCUCACCAUCACGCAGUGGCUGGACGUCACCAACAUCACGUGUGAGAUGCCGCCAGGCGUGCCCUGCAUCCACACCGGCAAGCAGGUGAUCCAGGAGUACACCUUCGACCCCUCGCACCUGUCCCUUGACUUCGGUCUGAUGGCGGUGCUCUACUGCUGCUUCCACCUCCUUGGCUUCUUUGGGCUGCACCUGCGAGCCAAGAGGAAGUAACACAUAUAGUCCAAGCGUACCUUACCGAGACAUGCGUAACACUGAUUUGUUUUGAUGUGCUUCCGAAUGUUGCACAAACAAAACUUUUCACGGUAAGUUCCUCGACAUGUUACCUUCGAAAAAAUAUGAACACGACGCCGCGCACCAGUCCUGUUGUCCCAUGCAGCUCACGAGGGUAGGACUGACUUGUGGUGUUCAUUGCUCAUGAUGGUGCUGUAGCUCAUCACCAACAGCCAUGCGGACGCGGCAGUCAGGUAAUACUGGUGCUCACACUCAUCACAUGAGUUCCGCGUCAGGUAUUAAAUUAGAUGAGUAAAUUACAGGAAAUUUGAAUGGUAUGGACCAUUAAAAAGUUGCACCUAAGUAUGUUUAACAAGAGGCGCCAGUUAAAUAAAAUGACAGCCGUGCGCUGUUUUGGAUCACGCGCCAGUUUCAUGUUGUUGACUCCUCGGUGAAAUCAAAUCAGUAUUUCCAUUCAUCUACAGUUUCUUCUUCAUUCGCAGUAUUCAUAAUAUUCUUUGUGAUAGCUUACAAAUGUUUUGUAAUAUGUUUGUAAAUUUUAUUCAUACUGAUGAUCCUGCCAUGGCAGUGCGGAUAUGUUAGCUUACCAUACGAAUAAACUUAACGAACU